AUGGAAGCUUUGGAUGUAAUCAUGACUAGGGCUAGAGAAAGAGGAGCCUUCGAAGGAGUAAAACUGCCUAAUGAAGGCCCAUGUAUAUCACAUCUUUGUUAUGCGGACGAUGUUAUAUUCAUGGAUGUAUGGUCCAAAGCAAAUAUUCUAAACCUUAAUAGGAUUUUGAGAUGCUUUUACUUGUGUUCCGGGCUAAAAGUGAACCUAAACAAAUCAAGCCUAUACGGGGUUGGGGUGGAGGAGGAGGAAGUUGAACUUAUGGCUAAGAAUCUAGGUUGUAAAGAAGGAAAAUUACCGUUCGGCUUUCUUGGAUUGACAAUAGGUGCAAACAUGAAAAGAGUGAAAUUCUGGAAACCGGUGGGGGAUAAGUUCAAUAAUAAACUUUCAGCAUGGAAAGCUAAAUGUCUAUCUUUUGCCGGAAGAUUGACUCUAGCAAAAAUCGGUGAUGGGAGCCUUGCCGAAUUAUUAUUUAUCGAUGUACUAUGCACCAAAGAAGGUUAUACAAUCAUUGGAAGCGAUUCAUAG